AGCACUUGCAGCUUGAGCUCAAUCUAGGGGGUUGCCUAGUUUAUGAAUACAGACCAAGGUCAUGGCCCGGUUUGCAUUCUACGGCGCCAAGUGGUGGAAUCACCAGGCCGGCUAUGCUGCCCUGGCAGCUGGGACAGCCUGUGGCGUGGCCAUUCGGCCCUCCAAGAUGACAGCCGCAGACGGGAGGCCUUUUGAUGAGAGGUCGGCAGCCAACCUGAGGCCGUACCAUCUCUCUAGCUGGCAAGAAGAACGGAUAGGACUGGUGAAAGAACGGACGGUCAACAAGUUCCUGAACCCCAUUGCCAUUGCCUGGCCUGAUUUCAACUUCUUGAAUCCUGAUGAGCUGGUCCAGGGCCACAUUAUUCUGAACGAUUCCAAGCAGGCCUCCAGGCCGAAAGAGCUGGCAAACGGCUGCGUCAGGGCCAACGCCUGCAAAGAGAUUUGGUGGAAUCCCAGCGAGGUGCGAGCAGCUAUUGUCACCUGCGGUGGGCUGUGCCCCGGGCUGAAUUCCAUCAUCCGAGAGAUUACAAAUUGCCUGUGGCACCAAUACGGAGUGCGAACAGUUCUGGGGAUGCAGGCUGGCUACAACGGGUGCAAAGACCCCGACUCCUUCCCCCCAACCCAGUUGACGGUGGAUAACGUGCGCGACAUUCACAUGAAGGGCGGAAGCAUCCUCAAGGCUGGCCGCGGCGGCAUGGACGAUCCCGAAAAGAUCCUUGAUCAGCUGCAAAAGCAGGGGGUCAACAUGCUGUUCACAGUUGGGGGGGAUGGGACACAGGCUGCUGCAAAUCUUCUCUUCCAAGCUGCCAAGAAGAGGAACAUGCCUUUGUCCAUCGUGGGCGUGCCCAAGUCCAUCGACAAUGAUAUCGUGUUCUUUGAUAAGACCUUCGGAUUCGAUUCCGCGGUCGCUGCUGCUUCAGAGGUUAUCCGAAACGGCUGGGUAGAGGCCACCAGCUGCUCGAAGGGAGUGGGCAUUGUGAAGUUGAUGGGACGAGAUGCGGGCUUCGUCGCCAUGCACGCGGCACUGGCAUCAACGAUUGUGGAUUUGGUGAUGAUUCCAGAGGUCGACGUUGAGCUCGAGGAGGUCAUGGGCCACGUGGACCGCACGCUGGAACGAAAGGACUUCAUGGUCAUUGCUGUCGCAGAAGGCGCAGGGCAGAAGUUUGUGGCGACCGGAAAGAAAGACUCGACUGGACACACGGUCUACGGCGACAUCGGCACCUAUCUGAAGGAUGCUGUCAACUCUCACCUCAAGAGCAAGGGUGGCCGAUCCUUCUACAUUGACCCCUCGUACAUUAUUCGCUCAGUUACUAUCCGGCCAAAUGACCACAUCUACUGCUCCAGGUUGGCCAGGGAUGCUGUUCACACUGCGAUGAGGGGCUACACCGGGGUUUGUGUUGGGCCGAUCCACAACAUCAUCGUGGUCAUGCCUUCCAACCUCAUUGCCAGCCGCAAGAAGCGAGUGGGCCUCCACAGCAGUUCCUGGCAAUCCUGUGUGCAGUCCUGCAACAUGCCCAAGUCACUCUCUGGCUUGAAUUGAGAGAGCCGGGAGGCUCCCUAGAGCCAAGUGUGGAGACUUUUAGAGGUGCACCGAGCUACCAUCUCAAGCACCCUGAUUCCUUAAUUCGAGGAUUGUUGCGGCCAGGGCCCAUUGUCAAUCGCAGCUAACAGUGCUCCAAUGUCCUGCGUUGGCAAAGGCUGGGCAACAGCGCGGCUUGACGUAUCUUCCUGGCUUACUAUGGCGGUUCUCAUGCUCAGUCAUGGCUCUGGGAUGCACACUGUGAAGCCGGAUGGAAAAUGGCGUGCCGUGUCCAGUGUGAG